AAUAAAUGAUUGAACAAGAGAAAAGAGAGCCAAACAGGAUGAUGGUUUGUCAUUUUUCAGUAUUAUUCUUUCUUCUGUUAAUUUCCUUUUUUCUUUUUAUGUCAACUGCACUACCAAAAGCAUAAAUUCUGUCUUUCAGAAUGUUGUCAUUUCAUUAGAACCCUCAGUUUUCAUUUGUGCUCUCUGUGUUUCUGCAUUUUAUUCUCUCCCUCUCUCUCUAUAUAAAUAUAUAUACAUACAUAUAUAUAUGUGUGUGUGUCUGUCUCUCUCUAUAUUUCUUUGAUAAUGAAUAAAAUUUAUUUCUUAUAAUGGAUGCCCUUAAUUGUUAUUGGAUUUCUGGCAUAAUGUAUAGCUGGUUUACAGUUGAAUCUUCACAUGCUAUAUUAUUCCUCUUGUGAGUACCCAUUCUGCCUAUAAAUUGUGGAAACAGCUUCACAUUGGUACAAAGUGAAAUAUUACAUUUUCUUUUAACAUGAGUUACACAAAUGCUUCAAGUGGUUCUGGUAGUAGAAGCGCGCGAAGAACUGUGGAGUUUGGUAGAACAUAUGUGGUGAGGCCAAAAGGGAAGCACCAAGCGACGGUGGUUUGGUUGCAUGGUCUUGGUGAUAAUGGCUCGAGCUGGUCUCAACUCUUGGACAACCUUCCUCUCCCAAACAUUAAAUGGAUAUGCCCAACUGCUCCUACGCGCCCGGUGACUGUACUUGGUGGAUUUCCAUGCACUGCAUGGUUUGAUGAGGGAGAGCUAUCAGAUGAUGGUCCAAAAGAUGUAGAAGGUUUAGAUACUUCGGCUUCACACAUAGCAAACUUGUUAUCUACAGAGCCUUCUGAUGUUAAACUUGGUAUCGGGGGAUUCAGUAUGGGCGCUGCGUGUGCACUUUAUUCCGCAACUUGUUUUGUUCAGGGAAGAUACGGAAAUGGUAGCCCAUACCCGGUUAACUUUAACGCUGUUGUCGGGUUGAGCGGCUGGCUUCCGGGUGGACAGAAUUUAAGAAACAUGAUGGAAGGAUCACAUGACGCUAUUAGACGUGCUGCUUCAUUGCCUGUCUUGCUAUGUCAUGGAGUCGGUGACGAAGUUGUCCCAUACAAAUUCGGAGAGAGGUCAUCUCAGAUCUUGAGCUCAGUUGGAUUCAGAUAUGUUACAUUCAAAACAUACCAAGGGCUUGGGCAUUACACAGUCCCUAAAGAAAUGGAAGAGGUGUGUCAAUGGCUAAAUGAAAGGCUUGGAGUUUGAAUAAUUGUCAUGGCCUUAGGGGCUGUUUGGCAACAUCUGAAUCAAUAAGUGCUGAAUGAAUAAGAGGUCUGAAUGGAUAAGAGGCUCUGAACCAAUAAGUGCUGAACCAGUAAAGUGCUGUUUGGUUGCACAUCUGAAUGACUGUGUAAAAUGACAUUUUUACCCCUUUUAAUUAAAGAAACCAUUUUAUUAUUAAA